AUGGAAGACAUUUCAGUUGGUGUUGUCUGCCAAAAGGGUUAUUUUCCAUGCAGAAAUCAUACAACGUGCCUCCUGCGGACAUUUCAUUGUGAUAGCAUAAAUGACCGUGAGAAUGGUGCGGAUUAAGAGAACUGUGGAGAUAAUAGUGGAUGGGCAAGUAUCUUUGAUAUGGUUCAUGGAAAUUCAUCUGAUAAAUUCAUCUGGAUUUAUCAGAAGAAUUCUAACUUAGCCCUAAUGGGUCUCAGAAUGACGCUGCCUCUGAUCAGACAUACUUGGUGGGUCAUAUGUAAGACAUUCACUCAAGAAUCCCUUCUCCCAGGUCUCCACCAAUACCCAGUAGGUUGCAGGUGCAUGGAAACAGAACUAGAAUGUGCUGCGGUUAAUUUAAAAUCUGUGCCACUUGUUUCAAGUAACGUAACCCUCCUCCUGUCAGCCUCAGGCCACUCACUAAAGAUCACUGGUUGUGCAGCCAGCAUUGGGUUAUCAAUUACUUUUACGUCACUCACACACAACCAAAUCCAUUCUCUUCCAGAUGAAGGUUUCAGCAAGUGUACAAAGGUGAAGAAAAUAUUUCUACAACACAAUUGCAUUCAGACAAUAUCAAGGAAAGCAUUUUUUGGACUAUGCAAACUUCAGAAAUUGUAUCUCAGUCAUAAGUGUAUUACUAGUUUGAAACCUGAGGUACUCAGAGAUCUACACAAAUUGAAAUGGCUAAUUCUAGAUUAUAACCCAAUAGUGAAAAUUUCACAGGAGUUAUUUACUGGGCUAAAGUCUUUGUUUGUUCAAUCAAUGAUAAACAAUUCACUUGAGACUCUUCCCAAGAAGAUCUGUACUCAAAUGCCUUUUAUUAACUGGAUGGAUUUUGAAGGCAAUCAUAUGAAGGCUUUAACUAAUACCACCUUCCUGGAAUGCGAUGCGCUCACUGUAUUUUUUCUUCAUGGAAAUCAAAUCUGCUUGCUGCCUGCAAAUAUAUUUUCCUCAUUAAAAGAUUUGGGGGAAUUGGAUCUCUCCAGCAACAUGAUUACAGAAUUACCAUGUUAUCUUUUUAAAGACAUGAAGUAUUUACAAAAGCUCAAUCUGUCUUUCAAUCCACUUUCUCACCUCUCUGAGGAUCACAAUGACAGUCUUCAGCAGCUUCAGUCAUUAUACCUGGAAAGGAUUGAGAUUCUAAAUAUAAACGGAAGAAUGUUUGAACAUAUGAGGAACCUCUCCCACAUGUAUGUAUCUACUUCAAAAAGUUUCACUUAUUGCUUCUAUGCACUCCACGUGUGAAUAUGCACAUCAUUAACAGACGGGAUUUCAUCAUUUGAAGAUCUCUUGGCUAACAAUGUUCUGAGAGUAUUCGUGUGGGUCAUAGCUUGUGUUACGCAUUUCGGAAAUCUUGUCAUCAGAAUGAGAUCAUUUAUCAAAGCAGAAAAUGAGACGCACACCAUGUCUAUAAAAAGUGCUGAUUGUCUAAUGGCGGUGUAUUUGUUCUUCAUUGGAGCUUUUGAUUUUAAAUACUGUGGACAGCAUAAAAAAUAUGCUGUGCUGUGGAUGGAAAGUUUACCAUGCCAUAUCAUGGGGUUCAUUGCCAUGCUAUCUACAGAGGUGUCAGUCCUGUUGUUGACAUAUCUGACCUUGGAAAAGUAUUUAGUGAUUGUCUUUCCCUUCAGUAAUAUCCGUCCUGGAAAGCAGCAGACAGUAGUGAUUCUUACAUCCGUAUAGAUUGCUGGAUUUGCCAUAGCAAUAAUCCUAUUCUGGGAUGAGGAUUUUCUUGGAAAUUAUAACAGGGAAAAUGGAGUUUGUGUCCCAUUGAAUUCUGAUCAAAUAGAAGAAAUUGGAGGCAACAUGUAUUCUCUUGAUAUAUUUCUUGGUGUGAACCCACUAGCCUCCAUCAUCAUCGAGUCUUCAUAGGUCAGCAUGUUGUGUUCCAUGCAAAAAACUGCCCUUCAGACAUCAGAGGUAAGGAGUCACAUACACAGGGAUGUUGCUGUUGCCAAUCAGUAUUUUUUAAUAGUAUUCACUGAUGCCAUCCGCUGGAUUCCUGUCUUUGUCAUUGAAAUCCUCUCCUUAUUCCAGGUCGAAAUUCCAGACACUGUCCCUUCCUGGAUAGUGAUAUCUGUUCUGCCAAUACACAGUGCCUUGAACCCCAUUCUCUAUACUCUCACAACUAGUGUCUUUAAGGAGAAGUUGAAGCAGUCACUGGACAGUCAUUGAAGGAGGGCAAUUUUCAAAAAUGAUGAAAAAACUUCAGCCACUUCAAUCAUGUGGACAGACGAUCCCCUCACCCAUAGCUCUUCAUUUAGGCUUGAAUUUUUAAAAAAUUACUCCUGA